AUGUCCGUCGAGGAAGUUCCUGACAGCAACAAGCUGUUCUCCGACGCCGUGUUCGACCGCGAGAACGCGCACAUUGCCAGGGAAUGGCAGCGCAUUACGGAGGUGUACCCAGCUGGUGUGAACCAGCCGCUGCUGCCCGAAGUAUUCUCGCGCGAGCAGUUCGGUCAGGGUAACCACUAUGAAUGCUUCAUGCUCUCGGCACUUGCAACGCUGAUCCGCUUUCCGGAUGUGAUCCGCAACUGCUUUGUGACGAAGAAGGUGCGCCAGGAUGGCCGCUACACGUUCCAGUUCUUCCGCGGACAGGAGUGGGUGAAGGUCGAGAUCGACGACCGCAUCGCCAUGGAAGAAGGCGAGGUGCUCUAUGUUCGCUCCCCGACUGAGCACUGGUGGCCGCUGCUGCUGGAGAAGGCGUACGCGAAGUUCUACACGGCCUACGACCACCUCGAGGGCUGCACAUUGCAGGAGACAUUCCACGACCUGACAGGCAACCCGGUGCUGAACAUCCCCAUGGACGCCAAGCUGGCCAAGGCCGCCGGUGCCGAGGUGACGGAGGGCUUCUACUGGCUGGUUUUGGCGCAGCGCAUCCAGUCUGGACAAUUCAUCGCCUCCGUGCUCACCAAAGACAUCGAGCUCGAGACGAUGGGUCUGCAGCGCGAGCAGCAGUACGGCGUGCUCGAGAUCUUCUCACUGACCGGCACCUCUUCCAUCAACGACAUAGUUAUUCAUCUGCACAACCCCUUCGAGGACGAGGAGUACCUCUACAAAGGACCGCUGAACUCGAAGGAUAUGACCUGGGAUGGGAAACAGCGCGCCAAGCAUGACGUCGACGACGAGCGCUCCAUUUUUCUGCCGCUCAACACCUUUCUCAAGAUCAUGAACUCUGUUCAGCUGUGCUACAUGUCCCCGGUGGAGGCGGAUGCGACGUACUUCCACGACGAGUGGAAGGGUGAGUCGGCCGGCGGCAACCCGACGAGUGUGUCCUGGCGCAAGAACCCGCUCUACUUCGUCCGCAACAGCGGUAGUACGGCGUUUGAGAUCGUUGUGGUCAUCAAGCAGGAGGACCAGCGUCGUUUCACUUCCCCAGAUGAGAUGACCAAGUAUCUCCAGUGUGGCAUGGUGCUGAUCCACUACUCCUAUGCCAACCCGAUUCCGACCUUCUGGGUGACUGGAAACAACCACAAGCCCAUUCACAAGAGCCUCUUCCUCAACUCGCGCGAGGUGGCGAAUGCCAUUACGAUUCCCCCCAACUCGUUGUGUUAUCUCGUCCCCUCCUGCAUGCACAAGGGCGCUGACGGCCCGUUCACCCUCGCCCUGUACCGCAUGAAGGAUGUCGAUUACAGUGACUUGACCAUCAACAAACUGGCCAUCCCUGGCAUGAACUGGGCCAACUGCGCCACCAAGAACGUAGAGCUGUGCCAGAAGGAAAAGGACCGUGUUGACUUCUACGUCGAUGAAGGGACAGAUAUCCACAUCCUCAUGCACCAAACAAAGCCCUAUGUCAGCAAGUCCGGCGGCGACGCCAUGACCGAGGACUACAUGGGCAUGUACCUCUACGACGACACGGACCGCAAGAUAGCCGGCGUGCACGCUGCCACGAACUUCCGCGAGAUUAGCAUCAUCCACCGCCUCCCCCGCAGCGGUCGCUAUGCCAUCUCCAUCACGUGCCCGCGCGCGAAGGGCGAGGUGCCGGCUUACAUCACCAUCGUUGGCUCGCAUGCCUCGAACGUACGUAUCGUCGACCCACCAGAGGAUGCCACGAUGUUCGACGAUGAGGACAUCAUCGACGAAGGCGACGACGCCGCCCUCGUGGACAACCCGAUCGACUACGCCCCCGUUGUAUUCGAUGUGGCGCACCACGAUGAGCAGGCCGAAAGCGAUUCCCCGUUCGAGGACAAGCGCUUCUACGUGGACAACCGUGGCGCCACGAGCGAGCCAUGGGUGCACAUCGGCGACCUUUACCCGGAAGGCAAGACGAGGCCGCUGCUGCCGAACGAGCUGAGCCGCGACCAGUUCGGGCAGGGCGACCACUACGACUGCAGUACGCUGACGGCGUUCGCGGCACUGCUGGAACACCACCCCGACGUGAUCCGCAACUGCUUCAUCUCGAAGAACCCGCGCAAGGACGGCCGCUACACGUUCCAGUUCCACCGCUACGGGCAGUGGAUCAAGGUGGAGAUCGACGACCGCAUUCCGAUGGUGAAGGGCGACACGGUGUUUUGCCGCUCGCCGACGCACCACUGGUGGCCGCUGCUGCUGGAGAAGGCGUACGCGAAGUUCUACACGCUUUACCAAAACCUCGAGGACAUUUCUGAGGGCGAGGUCUUUCACGACUUCAGUGGGUGCCCUGUUAUCUUCAUUCCCAUGGAGGCAGACAAGGCGAAGGUGGUCAACUACGACAUCAAGAGCGCGCAGUUCUGGCGCGACCUGAACAACGAGCUGGAUCAGACAGCGCUGGCUGCGUUGGCGCUGGGUGAGCAGGCGGAGCAGUAUGGUUUGCACCACGAGGGCAGCUACGCGGUGCUGGGCUUCAUCGAGACACGCAACGCCAUCAACCUCACCCCUGCGGAUGUGCUUGUGAAGAUGUACAACCCGUAUGAGGACUCGCCGUACACGGGUCCGAUGCACAGAGACGACUCAAGCUGGACGUCGGAGAUGCGGUCGAUCUGCAACCCAGCGCAGCGCAAUAUUUUCUACAUUCCUGCGAAUGUCUUUCUUGACGUGUUUGCGAAUGUGCAGCAGGGCUACAUCAAGGCACCACUGGGCCCGAGCUACAACUUCAACAGUGAGUGGGGCGACACGACCAGCGGAGGCAAUGUUUCGCUCGUCACGUGGCGCUCGAAUCCGCUGUACGUGGUGCGCAACAAGACGGAGGAGCCGGUGCAGAUCAUUGGCAUGAUUCGUCAGCCGGAUCAGCGACACUUGCUGCAUCGCCAGACAAAUCACGAGCUGAACUAUAUACAGUGUGCACUUGUCUUGGCGGAAAGCAUCAGUGCGGAACGCAUUCCGACGUACCUGGUUACCGGAAACAACCACCGCCGCCUGCGCUCUGGCCUGUAUUUGCACAACCGUGAGGUGGCGGAUGUGAUGACGAUCCCUGCCGACUCGCUGUGCUACAUCAUCCCCACCGGCAUGCGGCGCGACAGGGGCAAGUUCAUCUUCUCAUACUGGUUUCUGCGCAAGGGCGACAACGAUAAGUUAGACAUUGAGCGUCUCAACACCGAUGUGGCACGCCAACUACCGGCCAUCGCGCAUCUGGACCUGAUGAACAGGGGCCAUGCGCGCGUGGACAUCCUGGUUGAUGUACCCACCGACCUCCACAUUCUGCUAAAGCAGGAGAAACCGUUCAAGCACGUGAGUGGCGGUGACGCGAUCGCGCAGGACUUUCUCUCCAUGUAUCUCUAUGACGCAAACGACAAGCGCAUCAGCCCAAGCACGCAGGCGACGAACAAUCGCGAGAUCGGCCUCGUGCAGCACGUGAGCAAGCCGGGUCGCUACGCUAUUGGCGUGAACUGCACCUCUGGCACGGGAGAUGUACCUUGCAAGGUGGAGGUUGUCGCGCAGGAGCGCGCGCACGUGCGUAUCACCGAGGCCCCUGAGAACGCACGCGAGCUCGGCGAGCUGGACCUCUCCUUCCUCGACCCCGAGCCAGAGGGGGUGCCGCUGGCGGACCUUCCGCUUGAAGAGGACCUGAAGUUUCAGGAGCAGCUGGACGCACUGAAGCGUCUCCAUCACAAGCCGCACAGGAACGAGGACGAGAUUCUGGCGCUCGAGCGAAAGAUGAACUCCCGCGCACACGAGCUAGCGAGGGCCUUGCUGGGCAAGGACCGGUGCAAGUACCUGAUUGGGCAAGACAUCGAGAAACUGGCGCCACUCUUGGAUAGUGACCCGGAGUACAUGAACGCGGAGCGCGAGCGCCACAACCUCAAGAAGGACCCGCGUAACGCCGGCAGGGUGCGCGCGGUCGAGGAGGAGCUGCGCGAGCGCGCCGCUGCCCUGGCCGACACGUCGGCCGGCACCGACUUGGGCUUCAUGGAUCUCGAGUAUGAGGGCAUCCCACGGGACGACAUCGAACUGCUGAACGACCCCGCCUUCGGGGAAAUGGCACAGGCGCGCGCUGGCCUGCUGAGCGACCCUGCCGCCAACGCGCGCAAGAUCAACGACAUGGAGGACAAGAUGCACGACCGCGCUACCGAGAUGGCGAAGGACAUGCACAAGAAGGAGCGCACCUACCUCGACCCCGAGCCAGAGGGCGUGCCGCUGGACCUGCUGCCUCUGAACGAGGACGAGGCGUUUAGCCGCAUGGAGGACGAGCUGCGCGCUCUCAACCGCAAGCCAAAGCGCGACGCGAAGGCGAUCAAGGACCUGCAGCGAACGCUCAACGACCGAGCGCAUGAGCUGGCUGGUAUGCUAAAGAGCGACGAACGCGAGCUGUUCCUAGACCCCGUGCCACUUGGUAUUCCGGUGACCGAUCUCCCGCUCGACACCGACCCGGAGUUCCACUUGAAGGAGGUUGAGCGUCUGCAGCUGCGCAAGGAGGACCCUCUGGGCAACCGCGACGACAUCAAGACGCUCGAGGACGAACUGAAUGAUCGAGCUCGGGAGUUGGCCAAAGACCAGCAGGUGAAUCAGCGCGCCUUCCUUGACCAAGACCCAUACGGUGUGCCGCUGGAGAAGCUGUGUCUGGAUUACAACGACGACUUCCUGCGGAAGGAGAGCGAGCUACGUGCGCUGCAGAAGAACCCGCGCCGCAGUGCCGCGGCAAUCGCCGAUCUGAAGGCCGACAUGAGUGACAUGGUGGACGCUCUGGCGGCCGCCGAGGCGGCGCGCGACCGCAACUUCCUCGACCCCGAAGUUGAAGGCCGCCUUGUGCAUCUACUCCCGCUAUUGGAAAACCCGGAGUUCAAGGAACUCGAUACGAAGCGCCGCCGUGUACUGAACCGUGGCGGCGAUACGAGCAAGGUGGUGAGUAUGGAGGACCGUAUGAACGAUGUUGCGCUCGAGAUCGCGCACGACAUGAACGUCGCCGAGCGACCAGACUACAUGGACACCGCGUACAAGGGUAUCCCGGUGGAGGAUCUGCCGUUGGACGAGGAUCCGCUGUUUCGUUCGUUGGAGGUGAAGCGGCAGCAGCAGAAGCAAGACCCGCGCCGCAACGCGCGCGGCAUUGCCGACACGGAGCAGGACCUAAACGACCGCGCCAUGGAGCUGGCGGCAGAAAAGCUUAAGGGCGACCGCCACUAUCUCGAUCCCGAGCCGGAGGGCGUGCCACUGCGUCUAGUUCCGCUGGACAGCGAUGCUGCCUUUGCCGAGAUGGAGGCGCAGCGCGCGAAGCUGAAGAAGGACCUGCGCCGCAACACGAAGCCGAUCGCGGAAAUUGAGAACCUGCUCAACGACCGCGCGCACGAGCUCGCCAAGUCGCUAAAGGAGAAGGAGCGUCCCAGGUUCCUGGACGCCAGAUUUAGCGGCAUCCCGUACACGGAGCUCCCGCUGGACGCAGACCAGCCGUUUCGCGACAUGGAGGUGCAGCGCCUGUUGCUGAAGGAGCAGCCGCAUAAGAACGCCACGGCGAUUCAGGAUCUUGAGGAGGCGCUCAACGACCGUGCCGGCGAACUCGCCAAGGAGAAGCUCGCCAAGGAACGCGCCUUCCUCGACCCGUGCCCGCUCGGCAUCCCGCUGGAGGAGCUGCCGCUGGACAGCACACCGGUCUUCAUCGCUAAGGAAGAGCGCCUGCGCUCCCUCAAUAAGGACCCUUACAAGAACGCCGCGGCGAUCAAAAUGCUACAGGGCGAAAUGGACGACAUGGUGAACGCGCUGGCGGCCGAGGAACUGGCACGGAUGCGCGGCUUCCUUGACCCCGAGCCGGAGGGCCGCCUGGUGGAGAGCCUGCCGCUGAACGACGACCCGCAGUUCCACAAGCUGGAGGCGCAGUACCGUGAUCUGAAAAAGAGCCCGAAGGCUAACCCGCAGGACGUGGCAGACUGCGAAGAGCUGAUGAACGACCGGGCGCACGAACUGGCCAAGGAGAUGAACCGCGAGGAGCGCCCCGACUUCAUGAACAUGAAGCCGAGGGGCGUGUUGCUCGAGGAGCUGCCGCUCGACACGGACGAUGAGUUCAGCAAUCUGGAAGCGCAGCGCGCGCGCCUGAUGCGGCAGCCUGCGAAGAACAAGAAGGCAAUCGGCGAAAUCGAGGACGCCCUCAACCUGCGCGCCGAGGAACUGGCGCAGGAGAAGAUUCAGGCUGACCGCGCCUUCAUGGACGAGGCGCCGCAGAACAUCCCACUCAAGUACAUUCCGCUGGACAAGGACAAGGAGUUUGGCAGAAUGGAGGCGCAGCGCAUGGCGCUCCGUGCGCAGAGCCAGAACUCGCGUGCGCUGAUUCCGAAGGUGCGUGAACUUGAGGACGCGAUGAACCAGCACGCGAACGAUAUGGCCAAGGCGCUGAAGCAGCAGGUGCGCGCAAGCGUGCUGCCGCCACGUGUUGGCGGCAUUGCGCGAGAGGCACUGCAGCUCGACGACGAUGUGCCGUUCACAGAUUUGGAAGUGGCUCAGAUAGCCGCCAACGGUGACGGUGAUCUUGACAAAGGCCGCGACCUCUGCGACGCCAUGCAGAAGCGCGCCGCCGACGUCGCGGCGAAGCUGCGGUGGGAGGAGCGUGCCAAUCUCGGCAACCCGCUCGGCUUCUCGCCAGAGGACCUACCGCUGGAAAGGAGCCCCGAGUACCUGCAGAAGGAGUCAGCGCUGUUGGAGAUGCGCGCAAACCCGAAGAAGAACGCGCAGACCAUCAAGGGCGCGGAGGAGGACCUGCACGCCUUGGCGAUGGAAAUGGCCAAGGAGAAAGCCGCCGAGGAGCGUGUGGAUUACAUCGACCCGGAGCCGGAGGGUCGCAAGCUGAACGACCUCGGCCUCGACGACGAUCCGACGUUUGUCGGCAUCGAGGAGCAGUACCGCAGGUCAAGGAAGGACCCUUACGCCGACCAGGACCGGCUGCGCGACCUGGAGCAGAUGAUGAACGACCGUGCGCACGACCUGGCCAAAAUGAAGAACGCGCGGGACCGGGACAUGUACCUCGACAGAGCCCCGCGCAACGUGCCGAUUGUGGAGCUGCCGCUCGACACGGAUGAGGAGUUUGGCCGGCUGGAGGCGCAGCGUGCGAAGCUGUGCCAGAACCCGGUGCGCAACGCGCAAUCCAUCCGAGAAACCGAGGACGCCCUGAACGACCGAGCCGACGUACUGGCGGCCGAGGCACUGAAGAACGACCGAAUCUUCCUGGAGGCCGAGCCGGAGGGUGUGUCGCAGCGCCAGCUGCCGCUGGAUCUGGACCAGACCUUCCGUUCCCUCGAGCUGAAGCGCGCGGCUCUGAAAAGCGCCACAGUCAAGGACGACCGUGCCAUUCGCGCGGUGGAGGAGCAGAUGAACGAUCACCUGCGCAAAAUGGCGAGGGAGGUGAAGAUGGAUGCCCGGGGCGAUAUGGAGCCGAACUCGCUUGGCAUUCCGUCGGAGGACCUGAACCCCUACCUCGACGAGGACCCGCACUUCCACGAGCUGGAGGACAUGUACCGCGACGCGAAGAACAACCCUACCAAGGCGAAGAAAGCGUCGCGGCUGCUUGACCAGAUGAACGAGCGCGCGAGGGAGAUUGCGCAGGCGGUGCACGACAUGGAGCGACGCCCGCUGAACCAGGCCCCGAACGGCAUUCCGCUGGAGACGCUGCUGCUCAAUGAAGACCCCGUCUUCAGCGCCCUCGAGAAUGAGGCGCGCGCGUUGCGCAAGGGGCCGAGCGGCGGAAAGAAGAGCGCUGAGAGGCUCGCCGACGUCGAAGAUCGCCUGAACGCGCGCGCCGAAGAGCUGGCAAACGCGGCCCGCAAGCAGUAUGUGGAUGCCACGCCGGAGGGUGUGCCGAUGGAGUUGCUCAAGCUCGGCGACGACCCCUCUUUCGUAAACGCCGAGGCGGAGUUGCGGCGGCUUGAGAAGAACCCCGUGGCGAAUCGCCAGGGCAUCAAGGACCUCAAGGACGAGCUCAACUCUAUGGCUCAUGAGAAGGUGAAGCGACUGCUGCGGGGUGACCGCGGCUAUCUCCACCAGGCGCCAGACGGGGUGGACCUCUGCCACCUUCCGCUGGACACGGACCCCGUGUUCCACGAGCUGGAGACGCGGCGUGCGAAGCUGAAGUCCGAGGAUCCGCGCGCCCACCAGAAGGCGAUUGCCGCACUCGAAGACCAGCUCAACGACCGCGCUCACGAGCUGGCGAAGGAGGUGAAGGAGGGUGAGUUGCGCGCUCUGGAGCCGGACCCGCAUGGCAUCCCGUACGCCGUGAUUAUUCCGCACAACGACGUCGAGUUCAAUAACUGCGCGAAGCACUUGCGUGACCUGAAAAGUGACUCGAAGCGGAACGCAGCAGCCAUCAGGGAGACGGUGGAUCGCAUGAACGACCGCGGCGCCGAGCUGGCGGAAGCGAUGCUGAAGCAGGACCGUUCCUACCUUGAGCCGCAGCCGGCUGCCGUGCCGCUCAAGUACCUGCCGUUGGACACCGACCCGCAGUUCAACCGGAUCGAGGUUGAGCGUGCGAAACUCAAGGCCCGCGACCCUGUGAAGAACGCCAAGAAGAUCCAAGAGCUCGAGGAUCAGCUGAACGAGAGGGCCAACCAGCUCGCUGAGGCACAGAAGCAGGAGGAUCUCCGCGGGCUGGACCCUAAGCCAGAGGGCAUCCCGCUCUAUGUGAUGGACCCGCACUCCGACGCAAAGUUUGCCUCGUGCCUGCCGCAGCUUCGCGACAUGAAGGCGGACCCGAGGACGCGGCCGGAAGACCUUCAGCAGGUGGUGGACGCCAUGAACAACCGCGCUCACGAGCUGGCUGGCGAGAAGCUGCGCGGCGACCGACUCACCUACCUGGAGGAAGAGCCGAAGGGCGUUCCGCUGGACCUGCUCUCGCUGGACACGGAUCCGCAGUUCCACGAUAUAGAGGCGCAGCGCGCCGUUCUCAAGGCGCAGGAUCCGCGCCGCAAUGCAGCCAAGAUAAGGGACUUGGAGGAUCGGCUGCGGGAGCGCUCGAACGAGUUGGCGGAACAGCAGCGCGCGAAGGACCUGGAGAACCUCGACCAGGUGCCGGAAGGACUGCCCAUCACUCUAGUGAACCCACACGACGACCCAGCGUUUGCGAAGAUGGUGAACCAGCACCGGCAGCUGGCGAAGGACUCGGGCAAGAAUUCGGAGCUGCUGACGAAGCUGGACGAGAAAAUGAACGACCGUGCUCACGAGCUGGCCAAGCUGAUGCUUGGGAGCGACCACUCGUUCCUGGACCCUGCGCCGCAGGACGUCUUGCUCGCGGAGUUGCCGCUCGACACAGAUCCGGAGUUCCACAGACUGGAGGUGGAGCGAGCCAAGCUGAAGGCGCAGGACCAGCGCCGCAACGCCGCAAAGAUCAAGGACAUAGAGGGCCAAAUGAACAACCGCGCGCACGAGCUGGCGCGUGAGCAGCUUGCCGAGGACCUUCGCGGUGUGGACUCGGCCCCGCGCGGGCUGCCGGUAGAGCUGCUGAACCCGCACGCGGACUCCCAGUUCGCGGAGGCGGUAAAGCAGAUCCGCACGCUGAAAAAGAGCCCCAUCGCCGACCCGAAGGCGAAGCUGGCGAUGCUGGACAAGAUGAACGACCGCGUGCGCGCUAUGGCGGAGGAAACGAUGGACCGCGAUUACCUCGAUCCUGAGCCGGAGGGCGUGGCGCUUGCCGACUUGCCGCUCAGCAGCGAUCCGGAGUUCCACGACAUGGAGGUGGAGCGCGCCCGGCUGAAGCUGAGGGACGUGAAGCGCAACGCACGCGCCAUCAAGGACCUCGAGCAGCGGCUCAACGAUCACGCGCACGAGCUGGCGAGGAGGCAGCUGGAGGAAGACCUCGCCGGCUGCGACCCUGAGCCUGAGGGAAUCCCUUUGGCGCUGUUGAAGCCGGUGGAGGACCCGAAGAUUGCCGGCAUGAUCCCGCAGCUGCGCGCGCUGAGAAAGGACCCGAAGAAGAACGCCGAGGCGAUCUGGAGUGUGGAGAACGAGAUGAACAACCGCGCCAAUGAGCUGGCGCGUCAGUUGCUGGAGGGCGACCGCGGCUACCUCGAGCCGAAUCCGGAAAAUGUUGCGUUGGAGUACCUGUCGCUCGACAAAGACCCGGAGAUCGCCGAGAUGGAGGUGGAGCGGGCGAAGCUCAAGGCACAGGACCCGCGGCGCAACCAGCACCGCAUCGCCGACCUCGAGGACAGGCUCAACGACCGCGCGGUGGAGCUGGCGGUGGCGAAGAAGGCGGAGGAACUAGCGCACUUCGCACCCCAGUAUAACGGCAUCGAGACGGCGGCGAUGAGGCCAUAUGACGACCCUGAGUUUUCGGCCCUUGUCGACCAGCUACGGAAGCUGGAGAAGGCCAGCGCGGGUGCUUCCCCUGAGGCGGAGAAGGUGCUCACUGAUAUGGACGCGCGCCUAGAGGUGCUGGCAAAGGAGAAGGUCGAGGGUGACCUUUGGUUCCUGGACAAGGAGCCGGAGGGGAUCCCGCUGGAGGAGGUAGGGGUGGAGUCGGACCCUAUCUUCCAGCAGCUGCGGCAGGAGCGCGCCAACCUCAAGGCAAAAGACCCGCGCAGGAACGCCGACAAGGUCAAGAGCCUUGAAGACCAGAUGGGAAGCCGUGCGCACGAAUUGGCUAAGCACCUCAAGGAAAGCGACUUUGACGGCGUCGACACGAGCCCGCUGGGGAUUCCGCUGGAGCUGCUGCGGCCGCUUGAGGACCCGCAGGUAGCAAGGAUUCUGCCGGAGCUGCGUCGCGCCAAGAAGAGCUUGCGCGAUACCCAGAAGGCGCAGAGCCUGCUAAGCGAGCUAAAUGGGCGCAUCCACGAGCUAGCCAAGAAUGCGCUAAGUGGGGAUCGCUCGUCAUACUUGGACCCGAACCCGGAGGGUGUGCCGCUGUCGGACCUGCCACUGGAUACGGACGGCAUCUACAGCGGCCUCGAGGUUGAGCGCGCCAAGCUGUCGCUCAAGGACCCGGCCAAGAAUGCGAAGCAAAUCGAGGAUCUCGAGGACCGCCUGAACGAGCGGGCGCACGAUCUCGCGCAGCAGGUGCUAAAGGACGACCUGAAGAACGUUGACCCGAAGCCGCGUGGCAUUCCUAUUGAAGCGGUGAGGCCACAUAACAACCCGGACUUCCACAACCUGGCCACGCGCGCUCGCGAGCUCCGCAAGGAUUCACGCCGCAAUGCUAACAAGCUUGCCUCCAUUCAAGAGCAGAUGAACGACUUGGCGAACCAGAUGGCGGCGGAGAUGCUCGGCAAUGACCGUGGCUACCUCGACCCUGAGCCGGAAGGCGUGCCGGUGGAGAUGCUGCUGCUCGACGAGGACCCCGAGUUCCACGAGAUGGAGGUGCAGCGUGCAGUGCUGAUUGCGCAGGACCCGGUGAAAAACAGGCAGGCGAUCGCCGACCUCGAGGGGCGGCUCAACGACUGCGCACACAAGCUGGCUGAGGCGCAGAAGCGGGAGGACUUGCGUGGCCUGAACAACGCCCCGCUCGGGGUACCCGUGUCGCUGCUGAACCCUCAUGACGACCCGCGCUUCGCCGCGAAGCUGCCGGAGCUGCGGGCGCAGAAGAAGGAGGGCUUCCCGCGCGCCCAGUCGCGGCUGAACGAUACGCAAGCGAAAUUGGAUGAGAUUCUCGAGGAGCUCGCCGAGCAGUACCUUGAGCAGGAUCGCGCGCAGUACCUGCACCCUACUCCAGAGGGCAUCCCGGUGGCGGCGCUCCCGCUGUGCGUGGACCCAGAGUUCCGUCAGCUGGAAGCGGAGCGGCUGGACUUGAUCAGCAAGAACCCGAAGGCCAAUAAGGAUGCCAUUAAGGACCUGGAGGCAGCGCUGAACGAGCGUGCCUGCGAGCUGGCGCGGGAGCAACGCAAGGGCGACCGUGGCUACCUCAACGCUGAGCCGCUCGGCAUUCCGCUCGACGUGCUGCCGCUUGACACGGACCGCCAGUUCAGCGAUCUGGAGGCGAAGCGUGCGACGCUGAAGACAAAGGAUGCGGUCAGGAAUGCCGCCGCAAUUCACGACCUGGAAGAUCAGCUGAACGACCGCGCGAACCAGCUCGCAGAGGACCAGAUCACCGAGGACCUGCGCGCGGUCGACCCGACGCCGGAGGACAUCCCGGUGCAGAUGCUGAAGCCGCACGACGAUCCCGAGUUUGCGCGGAUGGUGAACGCGCUGCGCUUGCUCAAGGCGGACCCGUCGGCAGACCCCAAGAAGGUGUCGGACCUGGAGCAGGACAUGAACGACCGCGCGCACGAGCUGGCGGAGGAGGCGCUUGCGGGCGACCGCCCGAUGUACCUCGACCCGAAGCCGGAGGGCAUUGCGGUCGAGUCGCUGCCGCUCGACUCCGACCCGCUCUACCACCGGCUGGAGGUCGAGCGCGCGAAGCUGCUGCUGCAGGAACCCAAGAAGAACCAGGCGAAGGCGGCCGACCUUGAGGGUCGCCUCAACGACCGGGCGCACGAGCUGGCAAAGGAGCAGCGAGCGCGCGACCUGCAGGACUUGGACGAGGCACCGCGCGGCAUACCGGUGGAGCUGCUGAAUCCGCAUGAAGACGAGACGUUCGCGUCGCUCGCGUUGCAGCGCCGUGACCCGAACAACACACUGAGGAAGGCGCUCGACAUCGGCGGCACCAACGGCGACCCGACGCGCGACAUGCUCAACGAACGGCUAGACGAGAUGGCGAAGCAGAUGCUGGAGGGCGACCGCGACUACCUGGACCCCAAUCCGGAGGGCGUGCCGCUGCGUGUGCUGCCGCUCAACGAGGACCCGGAGUUCCACGAGAUGGAGGUGCAGCGUGCGGUGCUGAAGGCGAAGAACGCGAAGAAGAACGCGGUGGCCAUCAAAGACUUGGAGGAGAAGCUGAAUGACCGCGCUCACGACCUGGCGAAGGACGCUUUAAAUGGCGACCGCGACUACCUUGCCCCUGAGCCAGAGGGCGUGCCUCUGGCGGAUCUGCCCCUCGACAAAGACCCGCAGUUCCAUCAGAUGGAGGUGGAGCGCGCCAAGCUGAAGGCGCAAGACCUGAAGAAGAAUGCCAACAAGAUCAAGGACCUGGAGGACAAGCUGAACGACCGCGCCAAGACGCUCGCUGAGGUGCAGAAGAAGGAGGAUCUCCGCAACCUGGACGGCAAGCCGCGCGGCAUUCCGCUGGAGUCGCUGAACCCGCACGAUGAUGCAGAGUUCGCGUCCCACUUGCCCGAGCUGCGCCGACUGAAAAAUGAGCAACCGAACCACCCCAAGAUCAAGGACCUCCAGGCGAAGCUGGACAACCGCGCAGAUGAGUUGGCCAAGGCCCAGAUCGACCGCGACCGCGCCUUCCUGGAUCCUGAACCGGAGGGCAUCACGCUGGCUCAGCUGCCGCUUGACAGUGACAAGCUCUUCACGAGCCUGGAGAAGCAGCUACGUCAGGCGAAACAGGACCCGAAGCGCAACGCGGACAAGAUUGCUGACCUGCAGGAUUGUAUGAACAAGCGUGUACACGAGCUGGCGCGCGACCUGCUCAAGGGUGACCGCGGCUACCUCGAUCCCGAGCCGGAGAAUGUGCCGAUCGCCGAUGUGCCGAUCGACGCGGAUGCGAUGUUCCGCGAGUUGGAGGCGCAGCGCGCGAAGCUGAAGGAGGACCCGAAGCGCAACGCGGACACGAUCAAGGACCUGGAAGGCAAGCUGAACGACCGCGCGCACGAGCUGGCCAAGGCUGAAAAGGAGGCGGCUCGCGGCUUUCUCAACCCCACCUCGCACCGCGUGCCGAAGGCGUUACUGCCGUUGGACGAGGAUGCGGCGUUCGCAAAGAUGGAGCAGCAGCUGCGGCGCCUCAACAAAGACCCUAAACGCAGCGCUAGCGCCAUCGACAACCUCAAGGGCAUGAUGCAGGACCGUGCGGACGAGCUGGGAGAGAACUUGCUGAAGGGCGCCCGCGACAAGUACCUCGACCCCAACCCGGAGGGCGUGCCAGUCGGCUAUCUGCCGCUGGACUCCGACCCGCAGUACAGCCACGCGGAGCUGCAGCGCGCCGUCCUCAAGGCCCAGAACGCGAAGGGUAACGCAGCCAAGAUUGCCGACCUGGAGAAGGCGCUGAACGACCGGGCCGCUGAGCUCGCCAAGGAUCAGCGUCAGAAAGACCGCGCCUUCCUGGACCCGGAGCCGGAGGGUAUUCCGAUCGCCGACGUGCCACUAGACGGCGACACGAAAUUUCUGCGACUGGAGGACUACCUACGCAAGCUCAAGAAGGACCCCCGGCGCAACGCCGACGCCAUCGCCGACACACAAGAGAGCAUGAACGACCGGGCCCACGAGCUGGCGAAGGGCGUGGUGGCCGAGGACCUCGCAUGCUUGCCGCGGUCGGCGUACCGUGGCAUCCCCAAGGAGGACCUGAACCUCCACACGUACCUGAGGUUCCGCGACGCGGCGAACCGGCAGCGCGACGCAAAGCGCCGCCGUCUGCCGACGACGGACAUACAGCUCAUCAAGGAUGAGAUGGACAGGAUCGCCAGCGAGAUCGCCGAUGACGUAAUCGACAACGAGCGUGCCUUCCUGGAUCCUGAGCCGGAAGGCAUGGCCAUCGCCAACGUCCCACUCGAUGCGGACAAGGAGUUCGCCGCCCUCGAAGCCGAGCGGCGCCGGCGCUCCAAGGACCCGCGUGCGGCAAAGCGCAACAAGGACGUCAUUCGCGACUUGGAGGACAAGAUGAGCGACCGCGCGCACCAGCUGGCGAAGGAGGAGUUUGCGAAGCAGCGCGACUUCAUGGAUCAGGAGCCGGAGGGUGUGCCGCUGGAGCGGCUGCCGCUCGACACGGAUCCGGAGUUCAAGGACGCGGAGAUUGCGCGCUACAAGACCAAGACGGACCCGAGGGCGGACGCGAAGAAGGUGACAGCGUUAGAAAAGCGCAUGAACGAGCGAGCCCAUGAGUUGGCCAAGGUCGAACUGGCGAAGGACCGUGCCUUCCUCGACCCUGAGCCGGAGGGCGUGCCACUGGCGGACCUCCCGCUCAGCGACGACCCGGAGUUCAACGCAUUGGCGAAGCAGCGUCAGGCGCUGAAGAACACCAGAAGGGGCCGAGACCCUGAAAUGAAGGACCUGGAGGAGAGGAUGAACGACCGUGUCCACGGCAUCGCAAGGGAGUUUCUCAGCAAGAACCGCGGCUAUUUGAACCCGGAGCCGCAGAAUGUGCCCAUCGCCGACAUCCCUCUCAACCGCGACCCGGUCUUCCGCGAAAUGGAGAACGAGCUGAUGAAGGCUAUGAAGGACCCCCGCAGCAAUGCGGGUAAGAUUGCAGAGCUGCAGGACGACCUCAACAACCGCGCAGACGACCUCGCGAAGGACCUACGGCGCAAGGAGCUUGCUAAUCAGGAGCAGGAGCCUCUCGGCGUACCGCUGGAAGAGCUGCCACUCAACUACGACCCGAUCCUCAACCCACUGGAACGCAAGCGCCGGGACAUCAAGAAGAACCCGAAGCGAAAUGCCGAUGCGCUGCGCAACCUCGAGCGGGAGAUCGCCGCGCGCAUCGAUGACAUCGCGCGCGACUUUCUGGCGAAGGAGCGUGCUUUCCUGGACCAGGAGCCGGAGGGGGUGCAACUGGAGCGCCUGCCGCUUUCAGAUGACAAGGAGUUUCACGAAAUGGAGAGGGACCUGCGGGCGCUGAAGAAGCAGCCAGCAAAGAACAAGGACGCCAUCGAGGACCUCGAGGAACGCAUGAACGACCGCGCACAUGACCUGGCCAAGGACUAUCUUGCGAAGGACCGCGACUACCUCGAGAAAGAGCCGCUCGGUGUGCCGGUGGAGGAGCUGCCGCUUAACGAGGACGUGACCUUCCGCGAUGUGGAGGAGAAGCGGCGGGCGCUGAAGAAGGAUCCGCGUGGCAACGCAAAGGCGAUCAAGGAUCUGGAGGAUCAGCUGAACGACCGCGCUGAGCAGCUGGCGCAGCAGAAGCUGGACAAGGAGCGCGCCUUCCUCGACCCCAGGCCGGAGGGCAUUCUCCUGAAGGACAUGCAGCUGGACAGGGACAAGGCGUUCAAGGACAUGGAGAGGCAGCUGCGGCAGCUGCGCAAGGACCCGCGCAAGAACGCAAACGCGAUUCGGGACAUGGAGGACGACAUGAACAACCGCGCCCACGUACUGGCAAAGCGCCAGUUGGCGGACGACCGGAACUUCCUCAACCCGGAACCGCGCGGUGUGCCGCUAGUCGACCUCGCCCUCGAAGAUGAUCCGGAGUUCCGAAAAACGGAGCUGGCGCGUCGCGAGGCCAAGAGAAACCCAAAGAACGCUGACAGGGUGCGCGAGCUGGAAAGCAUUCUGAACGACCACGUCGACCGCAUCGCCGGCGAGUACCUCAAGAAGGACCGCGCCUACCUCGACCCCGAGCCGGAGGGUGUGCCGUUGGAGGAGCUGCCGCUCGACACGGAUCCGGACUUUCACGGCAUGGAGGCGGACCGGCGCAAGCUCAACAAGGACCCUGCAAAGAACUCCAGGACCAUCAAGGAUCUCGAGGAGCAGCUCAAUAACCGUGCGCGCGAGCUGGCCAGGGACAAGAAGGGUUACCAGGACGCGGUGUUCCACGAGGCAAACGAGGAUAUAGCCGAGCAAUGGCCGCGCAUUCGCGAGCUGUACCCGGAGGGUGUGUACGAUCCGGUGACGCCGGACACCACACUGCCGUCGGACGUCUCGUCCGCCCCGCAGGACAUGGGCUUCCUCGCCCCGUUCAUCGCGGCCUUGGCGCGUCACACGGUGCUCAUUUCUCGUCUCUUCCAAGACAAGGCGCACCCGCAGAACCAGCCCUACCGCGUGACGCUCUUCAACCCGGACAGCUCGCCGGUCACAGUGGAGGUGGACGACCGCGUGCCGUGCGACGAUAAGCGGGAACCGAAGUUUACGCAAGUGCCGUCACGCAUGUGGUACCCGCUGCUGCUGGAGAAGGCGUACGCCAAGUUCGUCGGCGGCUACGAGAACUUCAACAACUGCAAUGCCCACGAUACGCUGCGCGAUUUGACGGGCCGCCCGGUGCUGCACAUUUCUCUCGAGGACCCGAAGCACGCUGCGGCGACGAACAUGGGCGAUUACACGACGCCGGCCUUCUGGCGCCGUGUCAUGGAGGAUCUCGACCGCGGUGACGUGUUUGUGUGCGUGGCUAACGGCAGCGUGCCAGACGGUCUGCAUCCGCAGUGCAGCUACGCGCUGAUGGACGUGGUGGAGGUGAAGCCGUGCACAAGCGAUCCGUUGGAUAUCGUGAUCAAGGUGCACAACUGCUACACGGAUGCCCCGCACUACAACGGACCGCUGCGCAAGGGCGACAGCAACUGGACGGCGGAUGUGAAGCGAGCGUGUAGCUUAUCGCCGGACGAGAGCGACAUGAUUUACAUGCCUUUGUCCACCUUCCUCAGCAACUUCAGCUGCAUGCAGCGCUGCCAUAUCAACUGCGGAGAUCGCCUCAGCUCUCCUGGUGAGUGGAACGACUAUACGGCUGGUGGCACGUCCAAGUACACGACCUUCCGCAGCAACCCCAUCUACCUCGUGGAGAAUAAGACGUCGCGACCAGCCACGAUCCUCGCCGAGGUGCGCCACACGCACCCGCUCUACGUGGACGAGACGAACUGUAAGCAGUACCCCUACACCGGGCUCACUCUCAUGCAGCCAUCGAAUGCAAAGCUGCCGCCAACGCCGUUUAUAACGAAUGGCACGCACAAGUUCCUGCAGAAGGGCAUGAUGCUGGACUCGCGCGAAGUGUGCGCCGAGAUGGAGCUGCCGCCCAGCUCGACGUGCUACCUUAUCCCGUACACUAAAGACCGGGGCACGAUGGGCGAGUUCUUCGUCUCCAUCUACCCGGACAUGGCCAAGGUCACACUGACGCCACUGCGACACGCUGGCCUCACGUUGAAGCCGCUCUGCACCAGCCUCAGCCUGCAUCCCGGCGACGAAGAGGGCGAGCGGCUGGAUUUUAUGGUGAACGAUGCGAGCGACGUGCACAUCUUACUGCACCAGACAAAGAUAUCGGACCCAAACAGCAUCCGCAAGGGCGAUGCCGUGGCCGAGGACGAAGUGACCAUGACGGUCUUCAACGAGUACGGCAUCAAGAUCGGCACGACAGGCGAUUCGAGCAACGCGCGCGAGCACGCGCUCAUCUUCAAGGCCCCGCAAGGCGGCCGCUACUCGUUGCUAGUGAACUGUACGGUGUCUGCCACCGGGGACCCGUGCACGGCGAACCUGGAGAUCUACACGCCAACGGACGUGAGCGCCGACUUCGUGCCGGUCGCGCCGGACGCGAAGCCGCUGAACGCACAGGCGCAGUCGCGCUUUCCCACGCUGUCGCGCACGGCGACGGCCCCGGGCGCGUCGCGUGGUGCCAGCCGCGCUGGAAGCAACGUGCGCCGCACUGACUCCCUGCCGCCGAUCAACCAGCGGUCUCUUAGCAGCCGUCGUGGCAGCCGCGAAGAAGUCGGACACCGCUCCAGCCGCGGCCGCCGUUAA